AUGUCUGAAUUAAAGAGCAAUGUUUUCGUUAGAUACGUUCAAGCUGAGGAUAGAGAAGACUGGGUAAGAUUGUGGAGAAAAUUUAUCGCAACAUAUGAGAAUCCAAAAUUAGCAGAUGGUAUUGAAAAAGUCAAUUUUGAUAGAUUUAUUGAUCCAAGUGUGAAAAUGUGGUCUGCACUUGCAAUUCUAAAGGAUGAAACUACUGGUACUGAAAAGGCCAUCGGUUUCACCGAUUUUUUUACUCAUCCAUCCACAUGGCAAACCGAAGACAAAACAUAUUUGAAUGAUUUAUUUGUUGAUGAUGAAUUCAGAGUAGGAGGUGUCGGUAGAAAAUUAAUUGAAUUUGUUUACAGUGAAGCAGAUAAGAUGGGUACCCCAGCUGUUUAUUGGAAUACUGACCAUUUCAACCAUCGUGCGCAAUUAUUGUACACUAAGGUAGCCUAUUUAUCACAUAAGAGAAUUUAUAAAAGAGAAGGUUAUUAA